AUGAGAGAUCGUCUUCAAGAGCUUAAACUGAGAGCUAAGGAACUGCAGGUAGCUGGAGAAAACAGCACCACAACUGCACAGGAAGAGCACGAAGAGCUUGAACAACAGGCUAUAAUUUAUGAGAAAGAGCCCAUAACCGAGAGGCACUUGCAGGAAAUCCAGAAGCUUCAGAAUGAAAUUAAUAAUUUGGUGGAGGAGGUUCAUAAGUUCAGUCAACAACAAAAAACUCUAGCAUCUUCAAUGAGAAGAUUCAGUGUCCUUAAAAAGGAAUCUAACAUAGCAAGAGAAAUAAAAAUUCAAGCAGAGCACAUUAGAAAAUGCUUGGAUGAAUUGUCAAAAACAGUGAAAAAAGCUGAAAAUGAGCAUGGCUCAUCAUCUGCCAUAGUAAGAAUUCUGACUUCCCACCAUGCUUUCCUGUUCCAGCGCUACCUAAAUGCUAUGCUCGCAUACAAUGACGCUAUCACUGCUAAGCAAGAAAAAUGCAGACGAUUUAUUGUUCGUCAGCUGGAAGUUGCUGGUAAAGAGGUAUCUGAUGAAGAAGUCAAUAAUAUGCUCCAACAAGGAAAAUGGGAGAUUUUUAACGAAAAUCUGCUCACUGAAGUAAAAAUUACCAAAGCGCAGCUCUCAGAGAUUGAGCAGAGACACAGAGAGCUCGUCAGUCUGGAGAACCAGAUCAAAGACUUGAAGGAACUUUUUAUCCAGAUUUCAGUUCUCGUGGAGGAGCAAGGGGAGAUGAUCAACAACAUUGAAAUGGCUAUGAACAAUACUCAAGAAUACAUUCAAAUAUCAAGAGAAAAAUUUGGGCUUGCAGUCAAAUAUCGAAAGAGAAACCCUUGCAAAGCAAUAUGUUGCUGGUGCUGCCCAUGCUGCAGAUGACAAA